AAAUACAUCGCGAGCGCUCGCGAAUAUCGCGUAGUACCAGUGCGCAGUACCAAAAGGACAUUACGGGACGGUAGGAACACUAUAUACUACUGCGGUGUCUUUGUUCGUACGCGAUGAACCUAGCGCCUCUGGUGUGGUCAGUGCUGUUGACGCUACAGUGGGACGCAGCUUUGUGUGCCACCAUCCCAGCCUGCCCAGAUAUUCCUGGAGUAGGGAAUGCGACAUACGAAGAACUCGAAAGACAUGAUGCGACACCGUACAUGCGUGUGCGGUACACCUGCAACGAAGGUUUCUACUUAGAAGGUUCACCUGAGAUUGCCUGCCUAGACGCAGAGCAGGGCCGCCAGUGGCAUCCAGAGCCUCCAGCAUGUCAUGGUUUCAAAAAUUGUGAGGACAUAUUCUACAUUCCAAAUGUUUUUGUAACCGGAGAUGACUGCUGCAAGCCGGGCGACAAACUGGGUUUCGAGUGCAACGACGACGUCACGCACUUGCUAGUCGGCGCGAACGAACUGACGUGCUUGAGAAACGGUUCCUGGGAUCAUCCUGCUCCACAAUGCUUAAGUCGCAGCUGCAGUCCCCCUGGGACUUCACCACGCGGCGAGGUAGACUAUCACAAGGAUGGUGUCUUCUACAACGAUGACUGCUGCGAGCAUGGCGUUGAAGCACGCUUCACCUGCGAUGAAGAGCAUGACCUCGUCGGGCAAGAGAGCAUAACUUGCCGAAACCGUGAAUGGUCAGCUCCCAGGCCACGCUGCAAACCCAAGGCAGCGGAAGUGUGCGAAGACCUGGUCGUGCCAAACUCUGUGGUGAGAGGAGACAAAUCGGGCGGAGACUAUUUCGUUCCAUAUGACAUAGUGAUAGUGGAUUGCAAUCACGGUUAUCGAAUUAGCGGGACCGAUUACCUGGAAUGCAACACAGAUGGCACUUGGAGUGACCCACCUUCGUGUGUUGAAUACAACUGCACUCGAGAGGACUUCGGCCCCCAUAUCAUCGUGGAAGAGUUUGUCAACAGUACCGUCGCCGAAUUCCCCGUCGACAGCCGAAUCUACCUGAAGUGCGAAGAGGGCUACAUGCUCGAGGGUGCAUCCAGCUUGGUCUGCGCGGAAGGCGGAUGGUCUCGAAAGCCCAAGUGCCGGAGGAUCCACUGUGGCCGUCCAUCGGUACCAGAGUUAGGCUGGAUGGAGAUGAAUACUUCGUUCGUCGGUGACGUGGCCUCGUUCGGCUGCCGAGAAGGGUAUAAGCUGAAAGGGCACAAGCACCGCUUUUGUCUCGCCAACGGCGUAUGGAAUGGAUCUCUGGGACGUUGCGUCGCGGAAGAGGGGCUAGUGGCUGAACGGGGCUGCGAGAAUCCGGGUAUACCAGACAACGGCGUGAAGAAGAGUAGCUCUUACAGACCUGGAGCCAAAGUCUACUUCUCCUGCAAUCGGGGUUAUAGGCUUCGCGGGCAGAAUAGGAUAUCGUGCGACCGUAGAGGAUUCUGGUCGCAUCCCCUUCCAACGUGCAUAGGGACGUUCUACUACGACACGCCAUUGCAGGCGAAGCAAAAGUUGAUGAAGGCACUGACAAUCACUACAAACACGCCGGAUGCCAUGAACGCCUCAGUUGAAGACGGCUGGCCAAUGGGGUUGAACCCGAAUGUAUCAAGUGUUCGCCGUGUGGUGUAUUUCGUUAUCGACGCGUCUAACACUAUAGGCGAAAGGGACUUCAGGAAAAGCGUUGCGUUAGCAAGAUCCAUGGUUAUGAAGAUCAAUGUCACAGAGCAAGGACAUCGCGUUGGGGUCGUCAUAUUCAGCAACGACGCCACGAGUCUUGUAAGGCCCCACGUAGACAUAUCAAUGGAUCACGUGCUCGAAAAACUUGAUGCCAUAUCUUACACGGGAGGACGAACUAAUUUGAAGGCAGCGUUGGAUGAAGUAGCAAGAUAUUUGGGUAUAUACUUCGCGAUACACCGUAUCCCUCAAAGCCAUGAAAAUCUGCACGUCAGCAUCUUCCUGAUAACCAACGGAAAGGCUAACUUGGGCGGGAGUCCCAAGCAAGCUAUAACAGAACUGAGGCGACCUCCGUACCGUGCUGAAGUCUACUGCAUUGGCUUAAGGAGCGCGUUCAGCGUGCUUCUGGAGGAUCUAGUGUCCAGUCCCAUAGAUGACCAUCUGAUCAUCCUUCGGGGCUACGACAGCUUUUUGUUGCCAGCAGAGAGACUCAUCAACGGGUUUAGUGGUCGUAGCUGUAGGCCUCCUGGAAUUCCACCAUACGGCGGCGUAGACUAUUACAAGGAUGGUGUCCUCUACAACGAUGACUGCUGCGAGCAUGGCGUUCAAGCACGCUUCACCUGCGAUGAAGAUCAUGAUCUCGUCGGGCGAGAGAUCAUAACUUGCCGGAACCGUAAAUGGUCUGCUCCCAGGCCACGCUGCAAACCCGAGGCAGUGGAAGUGUGCGAAGACAUAAUCGUGGCAAACUCAGUGUUGAGAACAGACAAAUCGGGUGGAGACUAUUUCGUUCCAGAUGACGAAGUGUUCGUGUAUUGCAAUCACGGUUAUCGAAUUAACGGGACAGAUUACCUGGAAUGCAACGAAGAUGGCACUUGGAGUGAUCCCAUACCUUCGUGUGUUGAGUACAACUGCACUCGAGAGGACUUCGGCCCCCAUACCAUCGUGGAGGAGUUUGUGAACAGCACCGUCAUGGAAUUCCCCGUCGACAGCCAAAUCAACCUGAAGUGCGAAGAGGGUUACGUGCUGGAGGGUGCAUCCAGUGUGAUCUGCGCGGGAGGAGGAUGGUCUAGGAAGCCCGAGUGCCUGAGGAUCCACUGUGGCCGUCCAUCGGUACCAGAGUUCGGUUGGAUGAAGAUAAAUACCUCGUUCAUCGAUGACGUAGCUUUAUUCGGCUGCCGACAAGGGUAUAAGCUGAUUGGUCACGAGAAUCGCUUUUGCCUGCCCAACGGCGUAUGGAACGGAUCUGUGGCACGUUGUGUCUCGGAAGAGCGACUGGCGGCUCAACGCGGUUGCGAGAGUCCGGGCAUACCAGACAACGGCGUGAAGAUUGGUAACUCUUACGGACCUGGAGCCAAAGUCAAUUUCUCCUGCAAUCCGGGUUAUAGGCUUCGCGGGAACGAUACAAUCCUUUGCGAUCACAGAGGGUUUUGGUCGCACCCCUUGCCAACUUGCAUAGGGAAGUUCCAGUUCCAAGUUCAGUAUGAGAUGCCACUGAAAGAAAAGGAAAGGCUGGUGAGGCCAGCCAUUAAAAAUCUGUCGGAUGCCUUGAAUGCUUCUGUUAAAGAGAACAGGGGAAUGGGUCUGAACUUGGAUGCACCAGGCGUACGUCAUGUGGUCUACUUUGUUAUCGACGCGUCCUCCCGUAUGGGCGAAAGGGACUUCUGGAAAGGCGUUGCCUUGGCAAGAGCCAUGAUUAUGAAGAUCAAUGUUACAGAGCGAGGCCAUCGAGUUGGCGUACUAACGUUCAGCAACAGGUCCACGCGCGUUGUGUCGCCCAGCAGACACCACUCAAUGGAUGUCGUCCUCGAACGACUUCGUGGCGUAAUUUACGUGGGAGGGGGCACAGCCUUGGUGUCAGCGUUGGAAGAAGUCAUGGUAGAGUAUCACACUGCCUGGGCCAGAUUCGUAGGGGAUCGAAAGAAGUUGAAACUGAGCAUCUUCCUGAUAACCGACGAAAAGGCCAGCUUGGGAUGGCGUCCCAAGCAAAUUAUCGCAAUGCUGAAGAAAGGCAAAUUCGGAGCAGAAAUCUACGGCAUAAGCGUAUCGAGUCGUCCCGGCCGAGACGCUCUGAAUGAUGUAGUGUCCACUCCCAUAGAAAACCAUUUGUUCAUCCUCCGGGACUUCGACAGCAUUCUGUGGCUUGCAGCGAUUCUCACCAACGGCACCAUUAAUUAUUCCGUGUGUGGCCGUACCCAUAGACACAAUAUUGAUACCGGUAAGGAAGACGGACCCCAGCCGAGAAUCGCAGGGGGUGAAGAUGUCGAGAACUCCUGGCCUUGGAUGGUGGAGGUCAUGAGAUCAGGCGGUCUGUGCGGCGGCUCCAUCAUUUCGAGAACUUGGAUCCUGACUGCUGCGCACUGCGUUUGCAAAAUGAUAAGUAACGAGAUCGUGAGAAGAGAGGAAAUCAAGAUACGACUAGGAUUGACUGACAGAAGAAACACAUCGUUUGUAGAAGAUAUUGCAAUAAAAAGAAUAAUACGACACGAAGCUUACAACGCAACUACACUCGAGAACGACAUAGCUCUUCUUGAACUGCAGAGCAACAUCACUUAUGAUCCGUACGUUCGACCCAUUUGCCUCCCUCCUGAAGAACUUCGGAACAACAGUGAUUUCUACCAUGCGAAGAAGCCCGCAUUUGUGAUUGGAUGGGGCUCAAAUGGGACGUGGAACGCUAUGCAAAAACUACAGCAGGUGAAGGUUACCAUCCACGAUGAGACGAACUGUACCCGUGCAUAUAACAAGUACCAACUUGCGGACGAUAUGAUGUGCGCCAGUGGCUAUGGAGAAGGUGACUCCUGCGGGGGCGAUGGCGGUGGACCACUGAUGCAAGGUGUUGCCAAAGACGAAUAUAUCUGGACCCAGGUGGGCAUUGUGAGCUGGGGAGGGACUGCACGAUGUGGCAAGAGCGGCAAACCCGGUGUCUAUACCAAUGUGUGGAAACACAGGCGAUGGAUCGAUCAGUACGUGUCAGACGCACAAGAAGCUCCAUAAGUGAUAACUACAAGGUCCACCCAACUAGGCUGUGUAUACACAUGAACGGCAUGACCGGUGCUGCUGGACUACUGCAGACCUCGUAGCAUUUUCUGUUACUUAUGACGGCAGGCCUUUUUUUGGCGCAUUUAUGAAAAAUGAAUACAAAUAAAAGAAAGUUUGGGAUCUA